AGAGGAACAGGCUGUGCCAGAGGCAAACAAACAACUAUUAGGGCACAAGACUGGGCGGGGAGAGGGAGCAAGGAUAGCAGCUUGGAGCUUCGGGAGAGAGAAAGCCAGCUCAAGAGCAUCCCGGAGAGAGCUGGGUUUUUCCUCGACGGUCUAUCCUGUCCUGCAUCCCCACCCCAGGCCCUCACACAGCAGCCCAGCAGCCCAGCAGCCCAGCCGCCCAGCCCUGCCUGGUCUUGUGGCUCACCUCCUCCAGGCUGGCUGCCAGGGGGACGCCCCUCCUUCUCUCCCAUCAUGGCUGUGUACCGCGUGUGUGUGACCACUGGUUCCUACCUGAAGGCAGGCACCCUGGACAAUAUUUCUGUCACACUGGUGGGCACAUGCGGUGAGAGCCCCAGGCAGCGGCUGGAUCGCAUGGGCAGGGACUUCGCCGCUGGAUCGGUGCAGAAGUACAAGGUGCGCUGCUCUCAGGAGCUGGGUGAGCUCUUGCUGCUGCGGCUCCACAAGGAGCGCUACGCUUUCUUCCCCAAGGACUCCUGGUACUGCAGCCGCAUCUGCGUCACUGCCCCAGACGGCACCCUUUCCCACUUCCCCUGCUAUCAGUGGAUCGAGGGCUACUGCACCACAGAGCUUCGAACAGGAACAGCGAGGACGGUCUGUCAGGACUCCCUUCCCCUCCUUCUGGAUCACAGGAAACGGGAACUCCAGGCCCGACAGGAAUGCUACCGCUGGAAAGUCUAUGCGCCUGGCUUCCCCCGCAUGGUAGACGUCAGCAGCUUCCGGGAGAUGGAGUCGGAUGGGAAAUUUGCCUUGACCAAGACGACGCCCUGUGUAGACCAGGGUGACAGCAGUGGGAAUCGGUACCUGCCUGGCUUCCCCAUGAAAAUCGACAUCCCGGCCCUGCUGUACAUGGAGCCCAACAUUCGCUACUCGGUCACCAAGACGACCUCGCUGCUCUUCAAUGCCAUCCCUGCAUCCCUGGGCCUGAAACUGAGAGGGCUGCUGGACCGCAAGGGCUCCUGGAAGAAGCUGGAUGACAUCCGGAAUAUCUUGUGCGGCCACAAGACCUUCACUUCAGAGUAUGUCACAGAUCACUGGCAUGAAGACUACUUCUUUGGGUAUCAGUACCUGAACGGUGUCAAUCCUGUCAUGCUCCACUGCCUCUCCAGCUUGCCCAGCAAGCUGCCUGUCACCAAUGACAUGGUGGCCCCCUUGCUGGGACCAGGCACCUGCCUGCAGACAGAGCUAGAGAGGGGGAACAUCUUCCUAGCCGACUACUGGAUCCUGGCGGAGGUCCCGGUCCACUGCAUAAACGGCCGCCCACAGUACGUGGCCGCCCCGCUCUGCCUGCUGUGGCUCAACCCCCAGGGGGCGCUGGUGCCCUUGGCCAUCCAGCUCAGCCAGACCCCUGGACCCGACAGCCCCAUCUUCCUGCCCACUGACUCUGACUGGGACUGGCUGUUGGCCAAGACGUGGGUGCGCAACUCUGAGUUCUUGGUGCACGAGAACAACACGCACUUUUUGUGCACGCACCUGCUGUGCGAGGCCUUCGCCAUGGCCACGCUGCGUCAGCUGCCGCUCUGCCAUCCCAUCUACAAGCUCCUGCUUCCCCACACUCGCUACACGCUGCAAGUGAACACCAUCGCCCGGGCCACGCUGCUCAACCCUGAGGGCCUUGUGGACAAGGUUACGUCCAUCGGAAGGCAAGGCCUCCUCUAUCUCAUGAGCACCGGCCUGGCCCACUUCACCUACACCAAUUUCUGCCUUCCGGACAGCCUGCGCGCUCGCGGCGUCCUGGCCAUCCCCAACUACCACUACCGAGACGACGGCCUGAAGAUCUGGGCGGCCAUUGAGAGCUUUGUCUCAGAAAUCGUGGGCCACUAUUACCCCAGCAAUGCAUCAGUGCAGCAGGACUCGGAGCUGCAGGCCUGGGUUGGCGAGAUCUUUGCUCAGGCGUUCCUGGGCCGGGAAAGCUCAGGCUUCCCGAGGCGGCUGUGCAGCCUGGGAGAGCUGGUCACGUUCCUCACGGCGAUUAUCUUCAACUGCUCUGCCCAGCACGCCGCCGUCAACAGCGGGCAGCACGACUUUGGGGUCUGGAUGCCCAAUGCCCCGUCAUCCAUGAGGCAGCCCCCACCCCAGACCAAGGGGACCGCCACCCUGAAGAGCUACCUAGACACCCUCCCGGAAGUGAACACCACCUGUAACAACACUCUUCUCUUCUGGUUGGUCAGCCAAGAGCCCAAGGAUCAGCGGCCCCUGGGCACUUACCCGGACGAGCACUUCACCGAGGAGGCCCCGCGCCGGAGCAUCGCCGCCUUCCAGAGCCGCCUGGCCCAGAUCUCGCGAGACAUCCGCGAGCGGAACCGGGGCCUCGCGCUGCCCUACGCCUACCUGGACCCUCGCGUCAUCGAGAACAGCGUCUCCAUUUAACUCCCUCCUCCCCGGCCCGAAAAGCCCCAGCGUAGGCGCCCAGGGUCCUCCAGGCCCUUCCAUCCUCCCUGCUCUCCAUCAGCCCGGAACUUUCUCUGCAUGUGGGGACCGUUUCCACCCAAGAUGGGCCCUGAGCUCUGAGGGGCCUGCACGGCAGUGCCCAGGGUGAGAAGACGCUGGCUAAGGUCAAACGCACACUAGGCCCUCCAACAGCAAGGAACCCAUCGCCCGCUGCCCUUCUUUGGGCGGCCUCCCGGGAAAGCCUGGCCUACUCCCGUCUUCUGUGAAAGAGCUACCUCCUCCCCUUGGGACCCCCAGCUUGGGACUCUGAGCCCGCCUUCCCAGGUCUCGCCCGUUCCCAGACGCUUUCUCCUACUCUGCCUCUUUCCUCUCAGGUUAGGACCAACCCGAUCCAACUUCCUUCCCUGGAAGAGCCUGGAAACUGGGCAAGGAAGGAUUUGUGCCCUGGAUCUGCCAUGCGGUCCACUUUGACCCUAGCCCCUUUAAGGGGAGGAUUCGAAUUAGAGCACAGCUUACUUGCAGCUCCAGCUGUAGUUCUCAGGGCCAGGUGCCCUGACUUGGCGGGGUGUGCGUGUGGGUCUCUCCUCAGCUCUUUCCUGUCCCUACUCUCGCCCCUCUAUUUUCGUCCUUGAACCCAGUAAAUUCAAUAAAAAUCAAUAUAUUUGGUUCCCA